AUGCCGCGCCUCACACAGUACAACUAUGUCUUCGCCAUUGGCACAUUCUUUGCCAUGCUCGAUGCCUACAACAACGGUGCUAACGAUGUUGCCAACGCUUGGGCUACCUCCGUCUCCUCCCGCUCCGUCACCUAUCGCCAGGCUAUGGUCUUAGGUACCAUCUUCGAGAUGGUCGGUGCCAUCACUGUCGGUGCUCGUACCGCCGAUACCAUCAAGAACGGAAUCAUUCCCGGUAGCGCUUUCCGUGGCGACGCUGGUGUUCAGAUGCUUGCCUUCACUUGCGCUCUGGCCGGUGCCUCCAUCUGGGUCAUGUGGUGCACCAGGCACUCUGCUCACGUCUCCUCGUCAUACUCGCUCAUUUCCUCGGUCGCUGGUGUUGGUGUCGCCGUCGCUGGUGCUAGCAAGGUCCAGUGGGGAUGGAACAAGGGCAAGGGUCUUGGUGCCAUCUUCGCUGGUCUGGGUAUGGCUCCUGCUGCCUCUGCCUGCUUCGGUGCCAUUAUCUUCAUGCUCAUCAAGUUGACCGUCCACCUCCGCAAGAACCCCGUUCCCGUUGCCAUCUGGACCGCCCCCUUCUUCUUCCUGAUCGCUGGUACCAUCUGCACUCUUUCCAUCGUCUACAAGGGAUCUCCCAACCUCGGUCUUAACAAGAAGCCUGCGUGGUAUGUCGCUACCGUCACCGUCUCCUGCGGUGUUGGCCUUGCGCUGUUGUCCUUCCUCUUCUUCGUCCCUUACCUUCACGCCAAGGUCGUCAAGCGCGAUCACACUGUUCGCUGGUACCACAUGUUCCAAGGCCCUCUCCUCUUCCGCCGCCCAUCUCCCGAGGGUGCUGAGGCUGCUAUCGUGCCCGACUACGCUGUUGUCCAGCACGAGGAUGAGGAGGUCAAGCCUGAGCUCAAGAAGUCCGACAGCUCUGACGAUGAUAUCACUCCUGCCGACCACGAGAAGGGUGUCGUUGUUUCCGAGGAGCGCCAGCUCAGCUAUAAGGAGCUUAUGCAGCAGGGUGAGGAUCGCUUCCACGGCAAGCUCAGGGCAAAGAAGGGUCCUCUCGGCUGGGCCAUGCGUUACCUUCACGAGAACAAGAUCCAGACCGGUGAAAUCUACGAGAAGAAGAACAUGGUCAUCACUCUCAAGCGUAUCCCCGCCAUGAUCGUUGUCGGUGCUCUCUACGGUGUCAACUACGACAUCCACGCUGCCCAGACUGGUAUUCACGGCACUCCUGAGGGCCGCCGCAUGGAGCGCGUCUACUCCCACGCCCCUAAGUACUCCAACGAGGUCGAGCACACCUACUCAUUCGUCCAAGUUCUCACCGCCUGCACUGCUUCUUUCGCUCACGGUGCCAACGAUAUUGGUAACGCUGUCGGUCCCUGGGCUGUCAUCUACUCCGCCUGGAACACCGGUAACGCCGCUCAGUCGAAGGCUCCCGUCCCCAUUUGGCAGCUUGCUGUUCUCUCCGCCACUCUUUCUCUCGGUCUGGUCACCUACGGAUACAACAUCAUGAAGGUCAUGGGUAACAAGAUCACCUACCACUCGCCUUCGCGUGGUUGCUCGAUGGAGAUGGGUGCUGCUCUCACUGUCCUCAUCUUCUCCCAGUACUCCCUUCCCGUCUCGACAUCUAUGUGCAUCACUGGUGCUACCGUUGGUGUCGGUCUCUGCAACGGUACCAUCAAGGCUGUCAACUGGCAGCGUGUUGGUCUCCUUGUCUUCUCGUGGAUCAUGACCAUCCCCAUUGCCGGUACCAUUGGUGGUCUUGCCAUGGGUAUCGUCCUUAACGCUCCCCACUUUGGUUAA